ACGUCUAGUCUUCGUUCUUCUUGAUCUUGCGAAAAAAACUCUCUCUGACUCUGACUGAGUCUGACAGAUAUUUGGAAACUCAAGAAAAUUUAACAAGCAUAAUGACCUCGUCAAUUCUCCACAUUAGCGACAUUUAGCUCCACAUGCAGAUAUCACAGGUGUAGACGUGGACAGGAUAUAAGAAGUUUGAAAGAAGGUGCCUCUUUUCUGACAAGUCUCUGCCUGUUCUCUUGGCACCAGGAACAUGGCCAGCAAGAGUAAGAAACGGAAGAGGUCUUUAUCCCCUGAACCAGGUCCUCCUCCUAUCCAAAAGUUGAAGAUUAAACCUAUGCCAAAAAUUCCUCCAGAAAAGUCCUCCAGCGGAAAGAAAUCUGCAAAAAAGCGCAAACAAGAUGUCUCACCGAUACCUACCACAAGUGUGUCACCAACCGGAGAUUGGGGCGAAGAUGGAGGACUAAAGAUGAAGUUUAUUUUAUCACCCAAGAAGACAAAAGUUGACGCAUCGCCAAGGAGCGAUACAACAGAUGAGAGGCUCUCUCCUAAAGGGACUGCCAAGGGGAAGAAAAAGGGCAAGCAGAUCAAAGCAAAGUUGUUUUUUGAGGAUCAGGUGCUUACGCUUGAUGGCGAAACAGUGACUCACCAAAAUAUGAUAACACCUGGCAAGAAACGAAAGCAAACUACAAAACAGACUGUAGAAGACACAAAGUCGAGUAAAAAGAAAAAGAAGGAGGUUGACAAGUCCAAAGUCAAAGAAGAGCCUAUGAUGCCACCUUUUACAAAGGUGCCAAAGAGUGCUGAACGGUCCAAGAUUAAAUCCAUCAAAGUAGAAUCUGAUAGUGGCUACAGCGAUACCCCUCCAGUCUCGGCAAAGUCUAAAAAGCUGAAAGCAAAGCUGCAGACAUUAGAGGAACAACCCGUUCCCAGUCCACAAGCUUCGGACGUGUCGAGGGAUUCACUUCCCAAGAAGAAGAAAAAGGAAAAGGACAAGAAGAAGAAGAAGAUGUUCAAGUUCAAAGGAGAUCGUAAUCGGUUUCUGAAUGUCAGGGGUUCCUCUGAUGAUGAAGGCGAUGAUAGUUUCUCAAGGUCAGUCCAGGAUGAAGACAGCUUAGGAGGCACGUAUGAUCUUGAGGAUGAAUACGAUGGCAGCAUCAAGAAGACAAAGUCCAAGGAGAUGGACAGGAUGAUGAUGCCUCAAAUGCCGGUGCCAGAUUACAGCUUGGAGAAGCAGGCUGCGGAGAGCUUUUCAUCAAGCAUCAAAUCCAAGUCUAAGAAAGAUUAUAGGAAUGAGGGUGAGCUUCAGUCGUCCCGCGCCGAAGACCUCAUCUCCCAGCUUACAGCGUUUGGUUCUGAUAUGGAGACGAUCUAUCCAAGUUACAUGACGGCUCCGGAUGAGGAUAAGGAGCUAGAGGAUGGAGGUUGGAUCAAGAAGAAAAAGAAGAAGAAGAAACUGCUCAAGGAGAAGAAGAAAAAGAAGAAGAAACCAAAUCUUUUUGAGAGGGAUGAACAUGGGAAUGUGAAGUAUGUUAUGCGGAAAACCAAACUAUCUGGAUACAUGUUAUGGUGCAGAAGCUACAGAUCAACAUUUGUUUCACAGAACCCCGGACUCGAUUUUUCCACCAUUAGCCGUCGCAUGGGGGCUCUCUGGCAAACGCUGGACGAAGAGGAAAAGAAAGUUUGGCGCAAGAGAGAGAUCACUGUUAACACAAGGGUCCCAGUGAAGCGGCUCACCAAGGGCAAGGGCGGGACGACGACGCAUCAGGAUGUUCCGCCCUUCCGCCUCAAAACACCGGACAAGUCCAGGGCCAAGAUUAAGAAGGUUGCCGGUGCCAAGAAGAAGAAGAUGGUGUCUAAGAAGAAGGUCAACACUCCGGUGAGGAUUACCCCGCCCAAGUGGAGUCCCAUUGAUUGUGCAGCACACCUGAGGCUGCUCGGGCAGUCACUGAGUGAUGUAGGAGGCAAGCUGCAGGUUCACAGGGAUGAUAUUGAGGUUCAUGGCAGUGUGUCCGUUCUACUCGACUCCAUGCUGUGUGCAUUAGGCCCUCUAAUGUGUCUUACGGAACAGGUUCCGGAGCUGAAUGCCAUCAAUAAGAAAACAAAGGCUGGUGUACUCGAGAACAUAGCAUACAUCAUGCCCGGACUGUGAUUGUACCCACUAAGGCCAUCUGUACAUUGGAUCAAUAGAAGCUAUCAUGGUGUUUCCAUGGUGAUGAUGAUUAAUCCUGAUUUUCCGCUCGCCGCAUGUUCCAAGUUUAAUAUCACAUUCUCGUGAUAAUUUUGUCAAUGUGCGAAGGUCUUCAUCCAAGGAAACAAGGACUGGAAACAUAUAUGCCAUACCACUCUCCCUACAUUACUUUCCGUAAGUCCAUAGAGUCUAGCCUAUGCCUUCCCCAUGUUUUUAUCUUCGAUGCCCUUCUGCUUGUGAGAAAUUAGCAGAUGUACCCAGGGACACCUGGGUCCCAUCUUACAAAGACUUACGAUUGAUCCAAUCAAUCGUAACUCUAUGGAAAUCCAUUAGUGUCAUAAGUUUUUCUACAGGAAAUUUGCACAAUGUCCUUCGUAAACAAAGAGAAACACAGUGAAUUUUCAAGAAAAACAUGAAUACACAUCAUAGUUCGAAAAUACUUUGAACAAACAUGCAUUUUAGAUGUUGACAUUGCUGGCCGUCCAUAGUUGUGAUUGAUUGGAUCAAUCGUAACUCUUUGUAAGACGGGCCCCUGGUGAUAGCUUUGAUGUAAGAAGAUGGAAACGCAGGUGGAAACAUUGAAGAAAUUAGUCUCUCUCAAGGGUGAAAGAAUUCUGCAUUUAUUGACAAAAUCAGUGGUGAUUUACCAUUACACUUACAUGUAACUUGCAAGGCACACUCCCUUUCUCUCUCCCUCUCUCUCUUUUCCUCUCAUCUUCCUCCCUCUCUUUCUCCUUCCAUUUCUCCCUCCCUCUCACAUCUCUCCCUCUUUCAUCCUCCCUCUCUCCCCUGCCCCUUCCUCCCCUCCCCCCUAUUUCUGUCCACCUAUCUCUUUAUGCUCCAUAAUCUUUCUUGCUACCUGUCAUCCGUUUCACAUACCUUCAGUGCUUCACCUUUGUGUUUCAUUUUCAUUUUUUCUGUGAUUCCAUUCAUUUAUUUAUCUUCUUCCUGUUUCCCUCUUUCUCUAUGCAAGCCUUCUCACUUCUUUCACUUGAUACAUCGUGGUGGUGAUUGUUUUUUUCACCUGAUUGCUAAGAAAGCAUGAAUGUUUGUACAUGUAAGCCAGCAACCAGAGGAACAACUGCGUAAGGUCCUCUCCUAGGGACCUGGGCCUGUUGCAUAAAAGUAACUAUUAUGGUAACUUUGCCAUCCAAUGGCAACUGCCAUGGUAACGCUGAUCAACAGCCAAUUAUAAACAAGGAUUCCAUGCAAGUUGACAUUUGAUGGCAAAGUUACCAUAAUGGUAACUUUCAUGCAACAUGGCCCUGGUAAUCAGGAUAAAUGACUUACCUUCUUGGCAGCCUUGGUCAUUUUAACCAUUGACAAAGUUUGAUUAAUUUGAUAUCUGGAUAUUUGAACUAUAUGUUUCUCAGAAAAGGUAGAAUAGUAGAAGAAAAUAUUUAAAUGAAAAUUAUGAACUUUCAGUUGAAUCACUUAAAGAAUUUGCCACCUCCCCCUCCAAAAAACCAAAAGAGAUAAUUUGUCAAUCUUAACAACAUUAUUUGAUUAUAAAUUAAUCAGAUUUCUUGAUGGCUGUUUAGGUGGGUGUUUCAUAAAACUGUAAGUUACAAAUUACUUAUCCCAUGACUGGUGACCCUUUCUUGUGCUAUAUGUGUAGCUGACUUACAUGCAGCACCUGAGAACAUGUUCAGUUCCAGUCGUACGAACAGCUUCAUGAAACACCCAAAAUACAAAAGCUGGGCGAUUGAUUGUACACUUGAUUUUAUUAUACAUAAUGUCCAAUGGAUCGAUCAUAAAAAUCAGCUCUAUGAUCAAGUGCUAAACUUUGUGUUCCUGUGCCAAUAUGGGUGUUUCAUAAAGCUGUUCGUAAGGUAUGGUUGACUUUAAAAAACGACUGAUGAUCCUUUUUGUGGUGAAGUAUUAUUGCCAGAUUUUAGUUCGUAAGGGUCACAAAUCAUUUGUGAAUUCACUUGUAUGUUUCAAACGACUUUGUGAAACACCCACCAUAUAUUAUAAUUCAUAUGAGCAUUUCUCCUCCGGUAUUACAUUACAUUACACUAGCCUUGCCUCUGAACUAAUUUGAAUGUAAUGGCUACACAAAGGGGAAGUUCACCCUGACAAAAAGUUUAUUGUACAAAUAUAGAAAAAAUAAUCUAAAAAUAUUGGUGAAUUUUGAGGAUAAUCCAUCAAAGAUUAUUAGAAGUAAUAUUCAGAAAAUCCGUCGAAGUUAUUAAAAUUUUAAUUAUUUUAAUUGUGACGUCAUAUGUGAGCAGCUUCACAUGUACUGAAUUAUAAAAAAUCAGUAAAAUGUUAUUUUAUCAAAAAAUUUGAUUUUUUUAAAUUGUACCUUUAGUAUAUCAACAAAUUAUUUCACAACCGCUCCUAAAAGAAGAAAAUUUUUAGUCAUGAAUCUUUAUGACAAUGAAAUUCAUCCAUUUUAUAUCACACUACAAAAGGGGCAUCUGCUCAUAUAUGACAUCACAAAUCAAAAACUUAAAAUUGCAAUAACUUUCUCUAUCUUUAAUGGAUUUUCCUCAAACUUUCACUAUUAUUUUAAAUUAUUUUUUCUGCCAUUUUAAGAAUAAACUUUCCAUCAGGGUGAACUUCCCCUUAAAUCACAAUGAGCAAAGAGACUACACAAGAAAGAGAGACAAAAAUAGUGAUAUAUAUGGUAAAAUAUUAUUUCAUUUAAUAAUCUCACUUCAUUGCACAUGUACAUUAUUUUGGGUUUCACAUUUCCUAUACUGUAAGUACUGUACAGAAGAAUCUACUAGUACAACUGGAUGUAUAUACAUUGUUACUUUGCCUUGGAUCAAUAUUAAAUCUGUACAUUAUAAA